GAGCGCCAGUACAUAAGCCGCGCCGAGGUUGGUGCCGGUAGCUCAACCCUCCUCACCACCUCACUCACCUUCCUCUCCUCUGCGAGCGAGCGCAGCCGCGUGCCGAGCCGAGCACCUUCGUCUCCCCGACCACGUACCACCACCACCACCUGUGCGUCCGCCCUUUAUACCUUUCGAUCGGCGCCCGCGGCCGUCUCUCCGAUGGAGGCGACGACGGUGAUGUCGCAGGGCGGCGGCGGGGGGCGCCGGAGGCAGCGGUACCGCAUCGAGACGAGGGCGCUGUCGUACGUGCUCCCGCCGCGGGGCGCGCGCUGCUUCCUGCCGUGGUCCUUGUCCGCGGCGGGGGGAAAGGAGGAGGCCGAGGAGAGGCUGCUGCUGCGCGGCGUCACGUGCGAGGCGCCGCCGGGGGAGCUGGUGGCGAUCGUGGGGCCGAGUGGGGCGGGCAAGACCACGCUGCUGUCGGUGCUGGCUGGGUCGGCGGACCCGGCGAGGGUGGUGGGCGGGGAGGUGCUGGUGGACGGGUUGCCCAUGGACGCCGCCAGGUUCCGCCGCGUGUCCGGCUACGUCCCGCAGGACGACGCGCUGUUCCCGGCGCUCACCGUCGAGGAGUCGCUCGUGUACAGCGCGCGCCUCCGGCUCCGCGUUGGCGGUGGCGGUGGCGUGGGGUCGUCGGCGUCGGACCGGGCACGGGAGCUCAUGGCGGAGCUCGGGCUGGCGCACGUCGCGGCGUCCAGGGUCGCCGACGUGUCCGGCGGCGAGCGCAGGCGGGUGUCCAUCGGGAUGGACCUCGUGCACGACCCGGCCGUGCUGCUGCUUGACGAGCCCACGUCCGGACUCGACUCCGGCUCCGCGCUCCACAUUGUCAAGAUGCUCAGGGACAUGGCCGCCAAGCACGCCAAGACCGUCGUGCUCACCAUCCACCAGCCCGGGUUCCGCAUCCUCGAGCUCAUCGACCGCGUCGUGCUCCUCGCCGACGGCGCCGUCCGACACCACGGCUCCCUCGACUUCCUCCAGUCACGCCUCAUCGCCACAGGACACGCCAUCCCCGCCCACGUCAACGUCCUCGAGUACGCAAUGGAGACCAUCGACUCCCUCAAGCCCGACGUCACUGCGGUCACCACGAUCACCGCCGCCGCCGCCGCCGCCGCCGCUUCGGCGAACCCAGUGCCCGCGUCCGCGCGGCGAACCGGGUACGCCAACUCGCCGGCGGCGGAGGUGCGCAUCCUGGCGGGGCGGUUCGCCAAGACGGUGCUGCGGACGCCGCAGCUGUUCGCGGCGCGGAUGGCGCAGUCGGUGCUCGCCGGCGCGUUCCUCGGCAGCAUCUUCCUGGGCACCACCGACCUGCAGUCCCGCCUGGGCUUCUUCGCCUUCAACCUCACCUACCUGCUCUCCUCCACCACCGAGGCGCUGCCCGUGUUCCUCCACGAGCGCCGCAUCCUGGAGCGGGAGACCUCCCGCGGCGCCUACCGCGUCUCCUCCUACGUCGCCUCCAACGCCGCCGUCUUCCUCCCGUUCCUCCUCGCCGCGGCGCUGCUCUACGCGGCGCCCGUGUACUGGCUCGUGGGCCUGGCGCGGGAGCCCGCCGCCUUCGCCUACUUCGCGCUCGUCGUCUGGCUCGUCAUGCUCACCGCCAACUCCUUCGUCGCCUGCCUCAGCGCGGUGGCGCCCAACUACAUCGUGGGGAACUCCGUCGUCGCGGGGCUCAUCGGCUGCUUCUUCCUCUUCUCCGGCUACUUCGUGGCCAGCAAGAACAUCCCGCGCUACUGGGUGUUCAUGCACUACGCCAGCCUGUUCAAGUACCCGUUCGAGGCGCUGGUGGUGAACGAGUACGGCGGCGCGCGCGGCGCCAGGGAGUGCCUCGCCUCGGCCGGCGGCGCGGGGGGAAUCUGCGUGCUCGACGGCGCGGGGCUGCUGCGGCAGCAGGGGAUGCGGGAGGGCAUGAGGUGGAGCAACCUGGGCGUCAUGCUCGGCUUCGUGGUCGGCUACAGGCUGCUCUGCUUCGUCUUCCUCUGCAUCAGGUGCCACCGCACGAGGAGGUGAAUGCGCGGGAAACCAUGCCAGUGGCGCCGCCCAUUUGGCCAUUGGCAUGCAAGCAACUGCAAAUAGUACACGCUCGUUUAAAUUUCACCUCAUCAUCUUCUUCUUCUCUCUUUUUUUUUCGUGAUUUUUCUGCACGAGACAUGGAUUCGAAUUAGGUUGGAUACGAAUAUAUGUAUAUGUUUGGGAGACACUACUGAUCGAGAUCGAGUGCUUGUAGUGGUCAGUGGAUGAUGAUGUUCUUAUGUAUCAAUAGUGGGGUUGAUGGAUGAUGCUAAUGGGAGAAUAAAAGAUUUGAUCUUCA